AUGAAUUUUAAAUUCUUUUUAAGUACCUUUAUGUGGAAUGUCCUCUUCCAAAUAACUGCAACUUAAGUAUAGACAAACUACUUUCAUGCAGGAGAAAACUAAUUUACAUCUGACCUUAGAUAUUAUGUUCCAUUUCAAUAAGAAUUAUUAGACUCAAAAGAAAUUCAAUUUAAUGUUGAAUUAAUAAAAGAAGUGAAAAUAGAGAAACAACAUUUAACUUUUCUUUCGGAUAAAGCUAAAUUAUUAUAUUUUGUUAAUUUCACAAACGAAGAAAACAAUAUGAUAAUGGCAUUGGAUAAUUCAACUCUUUAUUGUUUAUACCUAAUUAAAAAUUAUUUUUUGAAUCAAUAAUUAGUUAUCACUCCUCAUUUUUGUAAUAUAACAUUACCAUAUCAAUAAUGCAGCAAAGUAGUAUAAGUAAAUAGAGAAAUUUUUAUUAGUAAUUGUUUACUUAAUAAUAAUCAAGCAAUCAUAUCAAUAAUUAAUUUGGAUGGUAAAGUAUUUGAUUAAUUGAUUUUUGAAAUUGAAUCAACAUGUGAAAUUGAAGUCUCCUAUCGAGAUUUUAUUUUGUUUAUCUAUUAUUAAAAUUGUGAAUCAAAAAAUAUAUAUAAUGUUGAAAUAGAUGAACAAUUAAAUUAAUAUAAAUCAUUACAAAAGAUUAAUGUAACUUUAGAAAAUAAUAGAACAGAUUCUACUUUUGGAUUAGUACAAAAAAUAAAUAUUUGUGAUAAGGAAAGAAUUAUUUUAAUUUAUAAGAAUUUUAUUGUGUAGUAUAAUAAUACUUCUUCUAUCAGUUUUCUUUACAUAGAAUUAGACAUUAAUAAUACAAUUUUGAAUUAAUUUUAAGGUUGUGAAGGAGGAUAAUUUAUUUUGUAUGUUGAUAAUAAUAGUUUGUAGUUAAAAUAUGGUAUGUAUGAUUUAAAUAUGACCAAUAAUUAAUAUAUUAAUGCUUUAUUGAUAGAAAGGAUUCUAGUUUUACAUUUUAAAAAUUAUAUAAUUGUUGAAAUAAAUGAUUAAUUACAUUAAAAAAUACAUAUGUCAAUUUCAGAAAUAAUACCAAUAGUUGAUUCAUAAUAUUUCUUUGGACUUUACAAAUCUGAAUUAAAACUAUUUUAAGUUUAGCCUCCAAAAUAUUUCCACUCAUUUAAUACUUCAUAGAGAAUAAUAUUUUUAAUCUUUCAAAGAUGGACUUAUCUAACAACAUUUAUUUUAAUGUAAUGUAAUAUUGAAAUUGUAAAUGAAAGUGAGCCUAGAAUAAUUAUUGAUAAGAAAGAUAUGAUAAUUGAAUAUAACAAUAAUGAUGAAAUCUGUAUUCAGUAAUCUAAAAUAACCUAAAGUUUACCAAUAAAUUUAUAAACUAUCCAAGAUAAUGAUAGAUAUUAUUAGAUUAAUAAUUUCUAAAAUAUAGAAACUUAUAAUUUGUAUUUUGGUGAAUAUUCUAAAGUAUUACAUUUUUGGAAAUUAAAUGAUUAAACAAACGUCAUUUUAGUCUUAGUUUAAUCGAAAGAUCUAAUCAUCUUGAUAUUUUGUAAACGGAAUAUAAUUCUAAAAAAAUAAAAUUUAAAAAUACAUAAAAAUUAUAUUGAUAUUGGAGUAUUGUAAAAUACUAAUAUCUUGGUUUUUUAUGAGGAUCAAAUUUAAUAUUAUAAAAUUGUUGAUUCAUAUUAAAUUCAAAAAACAUAGUUUAUUUAAAAUUAGAAAAUAAUAAAAAUAAAUAAAUAAUAUAAUCAAAUUGUUAUUUCAUAUGAGAACUGUAGAAAAUCAGUUGUAUAAUCUAUUGAGAAUAAUUUCAUAUUUAUGUAAUAACCAUAAAAUUACCCCUUUGAUUGUACAUAAACGCAAUAAAUAAGUAUUGCUAAUUUAUAUAUUUUUCAAACUUAUAUUGUUUACAAUUUAAAUCGCUUUAAAUAGUACAUUUAUGUAGGGAAAAUAAUAGAUGUUUUAAUAGAUGUAGAUUAGAGAUUAUAUGUUUUGAUUGUAGAUGAAAAGGAUGAAAUUGUACUCAAACUCUUUCGUUUUCUUAGAACUCCUGAUUUCAUUUUUAUUUACAAAAUUCCUACUUAUAACUUUAAAUUCUAACUUUCAGUUAAUUAAAAAAUAGAAAAUUCCUAUUUAAUGAUUACAGCCAAAUAUUAAAAUAAAACUUAUUUACUUGUAUAUAAUUUAAGAAAUUAAGCCAUCAAUUCUCUAAUAUAUAUUACGGAAAUUGAUUAAUCAAAUUAAUUUUAUUCAUACUAUGAUUUUGCUAGUAAUUCUAUUGUAUUUUUUAGAGAUGGAAAAUUUUACUUUCAUAAUUUAAAUUAGAUAUGUUUCUAAUACUCAUUUUUUGAAGAAAAUUCUAUGAUUUAGAAAAAGUAAUUAAAAUUGAAUUUUAAUUCUUUUAUCAAUAAUUUUAAUUUCACAACUAAACUUUUAGUUUCUAAAUUAAAUAGUGACUACUCACUUAGCUUAUUGAAUUAAGGAUAAAAAAGAUAUAUUUAUUAUUAAGGUAAUUUAGAUUUGAUUUAAAUCAGAGGAAAUAUUAACAAAUUUGAAAUAUAACCUACUUAAGAUUUUAUCAUCAAAUUACCUAUAAAUAUUACAUAAGAAUACUUUAUUUGUUCAUAUUAUUAAUCUAGUAUUUGUUUAAAGAAUAGAACUACAAUUGUAAUAUAAUCUCUAAACAUAAGUGUUCAACUACCAUUUGAACUUGACGAUAACUCUAUUAAAGGUAUUGUAUGUAAUUAAGAGUCUCUUACAUAUUCAAUAUUUUUUGUUGAUCCCAAUCAUAUUCUUUUAUAAUUAAUGUUAUAAUUGGGAAAUAAUGAAUCAAAAUAAUUCACAAUAUUAACAUAGGAUAUUUUAUAUAAUGUACUCAAAUAAGAAGAAAUAGAGUUAAUAAAUAAAGUGAAAAUUAUUAAAGAAAUAACAAUAUUUUUUAAUUAAAGAUUAUUUGGCUUAAUGUUUUAUAAUAAUUAUUGUUAAAUAAUCGAUAUAUCAGAAAUUAAUAGUUCAUAAUAUUUUUUAAUUGAUGGAGCUUACUUAUCAAAUAAUACAUAUGUAUUUUUAUAUCGGAAUUAUUCAAUUAUUUAGAUAAAGAUUAUUGCAUUUAAUAAUAUUUAAUUGAUUUCAGAAUUUUAAUGCAAAGGUGAUAUUAUUUAAGAAUAUUAACUUAAUCUUAUAGAAAUAUUUGAAAGAGUUUACACUCAAACAUAUCAUGAUAUAUUAAUUUAAUUAGAGAUUAUUCAUCUUGAAAUGAAGAAAGAUUAAUUUAUUAUGAAAUUUGUUAUGAUCUAUAAGAUUUACUUUAAUAUAAUAUUUGAAAUCUCUUUCAAUAAUAUCAAAUAUGAUAAUUUUGUUUUGUUAUCGUAUCGAUUUCUAAGAUAUGAAUAAAAUACUCAUUUUUUAGAUUUACUUUAUGCAGAUAAUAAUUUUGUUUUGAUAACACUAUCUUCAGAUUCCAAUUAAUUUAUCGAUGUUUAUGAUAUCAAAGGAGAUAUGAAAUAUAAAGAUUAUUUAGAUAGUAUUUAGAGAAUAGAAUCAUUUUAAUAUAAAAAGAUAGAAAAAUAUAAUGCAUCUCAUUAUGUCAUUAAUAAUCAUCAAAAUAAUAGAGUAUCCUUUAUGACUAUAAAUUAAUUGUAAAUUGAGUGCUAAGGUUAAUGCAAUGAACCUUCAAAUUUAAUACUCUCUAAUGAUGUAUCAAGCAUAAGUUUAGAAAUUUAAUUAAAUAAUUAAUCAUAUAUAAAUGUUAUUAUAACAAUUAACUCAGGAAUAAUCAUGACUAAUCUAAUAUCUAUAUUAAUUUAUAUUAAAUUCGGAAAAAGAGUAAAAAGAAAUUAUACUAAAUAAUUCUAUGGUAAUUCAUGA